GAGUUCGCGAAGAAAACGUUUCGGUGCGAGGAAGAGUCGGACAUCGAUUGCCGCUGAAGCUGAUGUAUAUGGAUGCUCUAUCAGUGUUUUGUUGACUCGAAUGCGUUGUAUUGUUGUAUGGGUCGCAAUUUUUGUGAAUGCUAAUGAUUUCUCUUGUUUGUGAAAGUGUGCGAAUACGUUUUUCCAAAUUCGAGACCGUUCUUUGCGGAACUGCUAAUUUUCAUUCAAACAAAGCCGUGUAUGGAGAAAAAAUUGUAACUUGUGCCGAUUUAAUUACGUAGCUUGGAUUUGUUGAUCGUGGGAUUGCUUAGCUUGAAGCCUCAAAGAUGGCUCUUAGAACAUACGGAGAUAAACCAAUAAGUUUCCAAGUCGAAGAAAAUGGAGAAUACUACUGUAUUGGUUCUGAAGUGGGCAAUUACUUGCGCCUCUUCAGAGGUUCCCUGUACAAGCGGUAUCCUGGCAUGUACAGAAGGUCUAUCACAAAUGAUGAAAGAAAGAAACUAGUCGAACUUGGUCUCAGUCAACACGUCCUAGCUUCCAGUGUUUCACUUUUGAGAGCUAGCGAAGUAGAAGAUAUUAUCGAAGGGAAUGACGAAAAAUACAAAGCAGUGUCUGUACAUUCGACAGAGCCACCUGCUCCAAGAGAAGGAAAAACCAAGAAACCUAUGUCAUGGGUUCCUAGUUUACCAAACAGUUCUCACUUGGAUGCAGUACCUCAAGCAACCCCUAUCAAUAGAAACAGGGUACACAACAAAAAAGUCAGAACUUUUCCACUAUGCUAUGACGAUACAGAUCCAUCAGCAAAUUUAGAAAAUGCAGCACAGCAUGAGGUUCUAGUUCCAAUUCGAUUAGAUAUGGAAAUAGAAGGUCAAAAGUUAAGAGAUACAUUUACGUGGAAUAAAAACGAAAGUCUAAUUACACCAGAACAGUUUGCAGAGGUACUCUGUGAUGACUUGGAUUUAAACCCAUUGACCUUUGUUCCUGCAAUAGCCCAAGCGAUUCGACAGCAAAUCGAAGCAUUUCCUCAAGAAGCAAUUUUAGAGGAAGCGUGUGAUCAACGCGUUAUUAUUAAAUUGAACAUUCACGUGGGCAACACAUCGUUAGUGGAUCAAGUCGAGUGGGACAUGUCCGAAAAAGAAAACAAUCCCGAAAAAUUUGCGAUGAAACUUUGUGCUGAACUCGGUCUUGGUGGAGAAUUUGUUACUGCUAUUGCCUAUAGUGUAAGAGGUCAAUUAUCCUGGCAUCAGCGCACCUACGCGUUCUCCGAAGCACCACUGCCAACAGUUGAAGUACCCUUCAGACCACCUUCAGAGGCGGAAUUGUGGGCCCCUUUCCUGGAGACGCUAACGGAUGCAGAGAUGGAAAAGAAAAUCCGAGACCAAGACAGAAAUACAAGACGAAUGCGACGAUUGGCGAAUACAACACCUGGCUGGUAAAAUUUGUGUAAUACAACAUUCGCUGUGGAAACUUCCAUUAUCAGUGUUAAGUAAAGAUAGAUCGGUUAGGUUUACGAACUACAUGCUCUACUUUUUUUAAAACAGUGUGUACACGAAAAUACUUUAGUAUGACUUUGGAUACGUUUUAAAUAAUGACAAUUUAGUAUUAGUAACAAGUCCAAUAAAAAAAAAGACAGAAAGAGGCAAUCAUCUCAGAAUCAUUCGUUUUUUGUGCUCCAUCACGUGUUUAUGAAAAAUUUCACUAAACCAAAAGUAAGUAUAUUAUUUCCAAUUGAUAGUAAGCCCAAUCUAAUAAACAUGGAGAAUAAUCGUAUAAUUAUGUGUUGCAAUGUAAAAAAUUAUUUUUACUGCAUUUUUAGUAUUACAUUUUAUAAAUAAGGAAACUGUAAAAAUAACUUUUUUCCAUGAAAAAAUACAAAGAAUAUGUUUUUCUUUAUAUUUAUAUAUUUCUGUUAAAUUCUACAUAUCUGAAUAAAUGUAUUUUAAAAGAAUAAAUAUGGAUGGCAUAAAGUUAAA